AUGACAACUAUUACCGACGGAUUUUCCGCUGUGUUUAGUAACAAGUCGAGAAGAAACAUCGGGCCUGUAACAUCUAUUGUGUCUGCAAAAACAAAUGUAAUAGAUGAUACAAUUGAACCUACCAAAAGUGAAAAACUUCAAACUGUCACUUCCUUUGAUGAAGUAGAUUCUUCUUUAGAACUAGAAAAUAUCACCCCGUUGCCUGUUUAUUCUUCAAUAUGGCAAAAAAUAUACUACGAGUAUAUCAUAUUAGAUAAGACGAAUCUCGAUGUAUCGUUAAAAGAAUCAUUUCUAUAUAAUCGUGAUCUUAAACCUGUUGAAGAAGAAAGAAGAGUUUGGUCGUGGUAUAAUUAUUUGUAUUUUUGGUUAGCGGAUUGUUUCAAUAUCAACACAUGGCAAGUUGCUGCGACGGGGAUGCAACUUGGUUUAAAUUGGUGGCAAUGUUGGCUAACGGUAUGGAUUGGUUAUACUUGGGCAGCUCUAUAUGUAGUUUUAAAUUCUAGGUUUGGAACAGCGUAUCACCUAUCAUUCCCAAUAACUGUGAGGGCCUCUUUUGGUAUUUUUUUUUCUUUAUGGCCUGUUAUAAACAGAAUUGUCCUUGCAAUUGUUUGGUAUUCAGUUCAAGCUUGGUUAGGUGCUCAACCAAUUUCUUUAAUGUUGCAAUCAAUAUUCGGAAAAGAUUUACCAUCACGAAUUCCAGAUCAUUUUGGUUCACCGAAUUCAACUACCUAUCAAUUUAUGUGUUUCUUUAUUUUUUGGGUAAUCAGUGUUCCUUUUGUCCUUAUCGCGCCUCACAAAAUAAGACACUUGUUCACCGUUAAGGCUGUAUUAAUUCCAUUUGCAGCAUUUGGGUUUUUAAUAUGGACUUUAAAGAGAUCACAUGGAGUCAUUGCACUGGGUACAUUGAAUGAUAAUGCUCCGCAUGGUUCUGAUUUUUCCUGGAUAUUUGUUAAGGCCUUAAUGGCAUGUAUAUCAAACUUCGCAGCACUAAUUAUUAAUGCUCCUGAUUUUGGGAGAUUUGCAACAACUCCAAAUGCAUCGUUACUACCACAAUUAGUUGCUAUACCUCUGUUUUUUGCUAUUACGUGUCUAAUUGGUAUACUAGUCACAGCCGCUGGGUAUCAUCUUUAUGGGGUUAAUUAUUGGUCACCAUUAGAUGUAUUACAGCAAUUUCUAGAGACUGCAUUUACCAGAGGCACUAGGGCUGGUGUAUUUUUAAUAUCGUUCGUCUUUGCUCUGGCACAAUUAGGUACAAAUAUAUCUGCCAACUCACUUUCCUGUGGUACAGAUAUGACCUCACUAUUCCCCAGAUAUAUUAACAUAAAAAGAGGAGCUCUUUUCUGUGCCUUAAUGGCUCUUUGUAUAUGUCCAUGGAAUUUGAUGGCCUCUUCCAACAAAUUCACCACCGCAUUGGGUGCUUAUGCUAUAUUCUUAUCCAGCAUAGCUGGUGUCAUUUGUGCGGAUUAUUUCCUUAUUAGAAGAGGGUACAUCAAAUUGAUGCAUUUGUUUUUGGCCCAUAAAGAAUCAUAUUAUAUGUACAAUAACCGCUAUGGAAUUAACUGGAGAGCAUUUGUUGCAUAUCUGUGUGGUAUAGCACCAAAUUUGCCGGGGUUCAUUAAUGAUGUAGCACCACAAUAUAAGGUUUCAACUGGUGCUGUCCAUCUUUAUUAUCUGGGGUACCCCGUUGGAUUUGGAAUUAGUUUCACGGUGUAUUCUGUUCUAUGUUAUUUCUUUCCUGUUGAGGGUGUCCCUGUUAAAAACUUCUUGAAGGACAAAGGAUGGUUUCAAACAUGGGCAUACGUAGAAGACUUUGAAGACGAAUGGAAGAUCGAAGUCAGCAAGUCAGAGUUACAUGUCGAAGAAGAUAUAUUAAACGAAGUGAGAGGACUGAAGAAAAUCUAUUAA